AAAAAGAAGAAGAUUUGGAUGAAGGAAUUAGUGUCAUAAGAUUAGGAGAGGAAGAAUCUAUGCCUUGCUUGUAGGAGGGGGAGGAGAGAAGGGUCCCACGCUCCAUUUUUUGGGCCCCUAAGUGGAGUGCUCUUUGGGGAUGCUUUCUUUAACGAGGACCCAAAAAUUCUCACCAUUCUACUACUUCCACAUCAGCUUCUUCUUCCCUUAAGCUCAGCCAAUCACAGCCCUCCAUUUUGCCACGUUGGAGUUGUCUUUUGGUUGCUUUAGUGUUCCUUGUGGGGUACCCUACAGACAGUGUAGGGACCCACUGAAAUGUUCUUACCACCGACGAUGUUUUUGUCAUCCUUAACAUCUCUCUGCUAAGCUAACUAACACAGUGGCUGCUACCCUUUUCCCCUUCCAUCUCUUCAAAUAUACCUCUUUUUCUUCCUUCUUCUUCACAUCCCAUUCUCUUCUUCUUCUGAAACUGAUCUCUUUGGGAUUAAUGGAGCUGUUUUUGGUGCCCAUUUUGUCAGUGGAUAAUGAAAUGGAGUGAGUUUUAAGUGAAGUUUUUGUGGGUUCCUCUGUUUUUCUCAGUUCAUUCAUGGGUCUUACUUCUCUUCAAGUCUGCAUGGACUCCUCUGAUUGGCUACAACAGGGAAGUGGUAACGAGGAGUCUGGCAUGGAUUGUUCGUCAUUAUCAGGGGACAUGCUGUCAUGUUCAAGGCCACUGACAGAGAGGAGGCUGAGGCCUCAACAUGACCAAGCACUGAAAUGCCCAAGAUGUGACUCAACUCAUACCAAAUUUUGUUACUACAACAACUACAGCCUCUCUCAGCCUCGCUACUUUUGCAAGACUUGUCGUCGGUACUGGACCAAAGGCGGCACUCUCCGCAACAUCCCGGUUGGCGGUGGUUGCAGGAAGAACAAGAAAGUUACUACUACUAAGAAAUCCAAUAAUGACCCGAUUCAUCAUCAACAACAACAACAACCACGACAACCUAUUUCCCAGAUCCAUCAUCAUCAUAUAGCGUCUUCUUCUUCUUCUUCCCUUCAUAAUCAUAAUCCCACCGAUCUUCAUCUCUCGUUUUCAAAUCAAGUACACUUCCCCUCUCAGUUCAAUCCCCUUAUUGGAACACCAAAUUUCAUCUCAAGCAUAGGAAUGCUUGAAGCUCACCAUCACACCGCUCGACCAAUCGACUUCAUGGACUCCAAAAUGGAAGCCCUUGUUGGCAAUGCUCAUUACAACCCCACAAACUCCGACCAUUUGGCCAUGGUGGGUGGGUUUGCUGGAGAUCACAUUGCCGCUGCUGGCCAUGCUCUGUCGCCGAGUUUCCAUGGCCUUUGCACCCCUUAUGGACUCUCACUUGAUGGGAACGCGGCAGGCAUGGGACAAGGAGUGAUGAUUCCUUAUGAACAUGAACAAAAUGAGGAUCCAAAUGCAAUGGAAGUGAAGCCGAAUACAAAGCUUUUGGCUUUGGAAUGGCAAGAUCAGGAGGGAUGUUCUGAGAAAGUUGAGUCCUAUGGAUUUAUAAAUGGAAUUGGGUCGUCUUGGAAUGGGAUGAUGAAUGGAUACGGAUCAUCAACAACGAACCCAUUGGUCUAAAAUCCGAUCAGGGGAAUCAAAAGGGCAUGGCUCGAAUGAAAUCAAGAACUAUUUGCCUUGAUUUCCUCUCUUUCUAUCAGUUUCUUAAGAAUAUGUCUUGAUUUUUGUUUAAUUUGGAGUGUGGCUUUGGGAUUGUGUCGGCUAAUCCAAGGCUCUCUGUUAGGAUUUUUCUUGUGUUAUCGAGGAAGAUUAUCUAGGGAGUGCUUUUGUAGUAUAAAAGAACAAAGAACAAGUAUGAUUUGGAACGUAAUUAUCAUAUAAUUAGACUUGUUUUUCCUUCAA